AGAAGUCGUACAUUGACUGCUGUGUAUGAUGCGUUGCUAGAGGAUCUAGUGUAUCCUGUAGAAAUUGUUGGGAAGCGUAUCAGGAUUAAACUGGAUGGUACACAACUAAUUAAAGUUCAUUUAGACAAGAAUGAACAAACAAAUAUUGAGCACAAGGUUGACACUUUUGCAGCCGUGUAUAAAAAACUAACUGGACGGGACGUGACGUUCGAAUUCCCAGAAACAUGGAAUUAAAUUUAUUUGUUUAAGGAAUAAAAAUAUUUGAAAUAAUA